GUACAACGUGGCAACACUCUGCACAUGCGCGUGUAAAGCGUGGAGAUGCUGAAACUCAUGCGCUUUCUUCUUAACUUUGACCAUCGGUACAAGGGGAAUUGAACGGAAUUGAGUUUCUGAAUCUUUCUCGAGGACAUCAUGGCGGAUCAGAGCGAACGUGCUUUUCAAAAGCAACCAACUAUUUUCUUAAAUCGCAAGAAAGGUUUAGGCCCUAAGCGCAGGAAACCUAUGCGCUAUAGCCGCAAUGUCGGCUUAGGCUUUAAAACACCACGUGAAGCUCUUGAAGGGACAUAUAUUGAUAAAAAAUGUCCUUUUACUGGCAAUGUCUCAAUUAGAGGCAGAAUUCUGACUGGAGUAGUUCAGAAAAUGAAAAUGCAAAGAACGAUAGUCAUACGUAGGGACUAUCUUCAUUAUAUUAGAAAAUAUAAUCGGUUUGAGAAACGUCAUAGAAAUAUGAGCGUUCAUCUUAGUCCCUGCUUCAGGGAUGUCGAAAUUGGUGAUGUGGUCACCAUAGGAGAAUGCCGACCAUUGAGUAAAACAGUACGUUUUAAUGUAUUAAAAGUUUCAAAAGGGACUGGAUCUAAGAAAAGCUUCAAGAAAUUCUAAAUUUUCCUUUCCAAUUACCAACAUGGGCAAAGAAGAUAUUUUCAAAACUUACAAACCUAUGUAUUGUAUCAGAUGCAUUUGGACAGAGAAAACCUAAGAAAAAUAAAAAUUUAUAAAUAUC